GUUAUCAUCUGCGGAAACCUAUCAAAAACCCGUAAUUCGUUCAAUGCCUUGGAACCAUUCAACAAGGACUAUUGACAAGUAUUCAAGAUGGAAUAGAAACAGUGCGAACUCCCAAGAUGGCACUGCAAAUUAUGAGGUUGAUUAUUUCAAAAAAAAUAGUUCAACAUUAUAG